AUGAGGGGUCGUUGGGCAAUUUCUCUGCUGGCAGCUUCAUGCUUUGAUACCGGCCAGGCAACUCAUUACAACUCUCAUGCAUAUCUUCAUGCCGCAGUGCAUCACUCGGUGCGCCGCAUUGCUGAUUCGGAUCCGACGACUGGGGAAGUUUCCAUGUUUCAGAAUGGAUCUCUCGCAUCCCUAGGUCUGACGACUACUUGUGAGGAAGCCCUGUAUCAAAGUGUCGCAUGUGAUCCAGCCAUAUCAUCUCUCACUUCUGACGACUAUCUGGGUAGCUUUGACAACGCUACUCUGACGGCCUUGGUUUGUGCUUCGAGCUGUGAGAAAUCGAUCAAGCAACUCCAAUCCUCUGUGUUGACAGGCUGUGGAGAUGAAGCAGGCCUAAUUCCUGGUCUGCCAUUUGUCGGACUGGUGGAUAUGCUCUGGGCCAACUGGAAUCAGUCCUGCUUCAUGGACCCGACCACGGGAGAGAACUGUAAUGACCAAAUUGCAUCUUUCGAUAACGUCACGUCACUAAGUGAUAUCUCAAACUCGGACCUGUGUUCCUAUUGCUAUGUGAAGAAGCUGGCACUAAUGCAGGCAAACGGCUAUUCAGGCGUCUACAAUGAUGACUGGCAAUCAACGUAUGAAUAUGUGGCCAAGACCUGUAACCUUCAGGUGGCCGACUUCGAUCCCACCCCAAGUGUGUUCAACGUGAGCCUGCCAUCAGAACAGCCUAAUUGUGUGUCUGGUAGCUUCUAUACCUCUCAAGAGGGCGACUCAUGUGACUCGAUUGCUUUGUCUCACAACGUCUCUGCUGCUACAAUGUACUAUACCAACUCCAACCUCCUGAACUGCACUGAUCCAAACGACACUUGUACAAGCAUCGCCAUUGAAAACUUUGUCGGUACGCAGAAUAUCGUGGCUUGGAACUCACAAUUGAAUUCGAAUUGCAGCAACCUUCAUUCCGGCGAUCCAUUCUGGGGCUCGAUGCUAUGUGUGUCACCCCCAGGAGGUACUUAUACCGGUCAGCCCUUGAGCAACGGCUCAACUUCAACGGAAGCAGAGGCUGUGAAUCCUCCCUUUGGAGUGACAGUGGCCCCAGGAACCACUACUGAUUGUGCGGGCUGGUACACGCACGACCUCAAUUCAAAUCUUACAUGUACAGAGAUCUGUCUUUCAAAUCAAAUCUCUAUUCAUAUGUUUAUUGCUGCCAACCCUUCGCUCAACCAAAGCACCUGUGACACCAAUCUAACUGUCGGCGAUGCAUAUUGUAUUGACCCUUUGACCGGGUUCACCACUACCAAUGCCACGGGCACCGCGACGAACUCCUCAACGUCCACCCUUCCGUCGACAGCCCCAGCACCAACCCAGACUGGGAUUGUCUCAAGCUCAGCCGCAUACGGCAUCACCGAAGUUGAAUUCUUCGCCUGGAACCCUGCUGUCCCAUCUGACUGUGAGAGCGGGUUCUGGACUGAAGAGGCGUACUGCGUAGGUGUGUCCGGCAGUACGGUCUCGACCACGGCAAGCACUUCGGCCACAUCCAUAGCAGCUCCGGCCCCUACCCAGACUGGAAUACCCGGCAACUGCAAUGCAUACCAUGUUGCACAAGAGCUGACCUGUGUUCUCUUCGUGCUUGUACCAGCUGGCGACACUUGUGCGAGUGUGGCGGCAGCCUAUGGCAUUACUGAGGCGCAAUUCUUCGCCUGGAACCCCGCCGUCGCGUCUGAUUGCGAGAGUGGCUUCUGGACGGAAGAGGCGUACUGCGUCUCUGUAGCCUGA